CGCGUCUACACGGAAAAAUAAUACCCGGUUCUUAUAUUUUUAUGGUUAUCGUGAAAACAGUGAAUCUGUACAUUGGGACAGUCGUGAAUCGUGAUCUCUUGGUGAUUUCUGUAUUCAUCUUCAGGGACUGUUCUUCUAGUUAAAUCUAACCAUGUUUUAUAGCACGUUAGCUGUGCUGCUUCUACUUUUUCAAAGUGGAUCAUCAACCGAUCCAGCUCCAGAUGAAGUAACUCCAGAGACAAUAACUCCAGCUGUCACGCCAUCAGCUGCCAGUACACUUGGUACUCUCUAUCGUCAAGCCCGCUCGGAUCAGUAUUAUGCCGGCAGAUACGGCAAUGACAAUGCGCCACUGACUUCCGGCAUUGUUGGCAUUAGGUCGGAUGCUGUCGAACACAGGGACGCCGCUUACUACGAAUCUCGAUGCAUCACCUGCGACCCCAACAAACCUGCUAUAGCGGAUCGAGGUUCUAGGUGGAGGCCAAGGUCAAGAUAUGAUCCUUACGAAGAUGAUCUUGAAGAUCGGAGAUACAGGGACCGUUAUGAUUAUUAUGCGAGAGCAAGGGUUCCCAGUAAUGAUUAUGAUCGAUACGACCCAUACGGGAGAAAUGACUUAAUGAAGCCACAAUACUACAACGACAGAUAUGAGUGGCCAUUCGAUCGGGAUCGUUAUUACGACCGUGGCUUAGAGCGUCCUUACGAACGUCCAAUUGAGCGUCCUAUUGAGCGUCCAGUUCCUGUCGAUCGUCCAGUUGAACGUCCUUAUUACGAGCGUCCUUAUGAGCGAGGAAAUGGUUACGACAAUAUGGACAGAAGAUUUCCACCUGAUGACAGAUAUGAUCGUUACAAUGCACCUCGAAGACCAACAGAUGAUCCUUACUAUCCCAGAUAUGAUCGUUAUAAUCGCAACUACAUGAACAGAUACGAUGGCUAUAACCCUUAUGAGAAGUCUGGAUGGAGGAGACCUUAUGACGAUCGAUCUGAUAGAUACGCUGGAAGAGAUCCUGCUCCAGACUCCAGAGGAUAUUAUUCUUCCGGUGCAUGGGGGCCAGGAUACGACAGAGGCUACGCGAGUGCUUGGAAUUAUGGUGGAAAUCGCGAUAACUGGAGGGACAAUAGCAGAGAUCGAGAUCGCGAACGUGAAGGCUUCUAUCGGCCGAGAGAUUAUUUUUAUGACAGUACUGCCGCUCCAGGAGGAUCUCGAGGCACCAGUUAUCUCUACGAUCGACCUGAAUCAUCCACCAAACCAGACUCGAGUGACAGAGACAAACCAACGAGUUCGCCACUCUCUCAAGAUAACAAAAACUACAAAGACUAGAGAAAAACUAAUACAUCGAAAUCUUAGUUUUUCUGCAAAAAUGGUCACUUAGUUACUUUUUGUGUCCAUUUUUAGGGGUGCAAGAAGUCGUGAAAUUAGAAAGAGUUAGAAUGUUUCGACUACAAAGAAUCGAAUUCUUUAUCGAAAAAUUAACUACAAAUCCCUUUUUUUACAAACUACGAAAAAAUACUCAUUUUAUGUAUAAUUUAUAUUUCAUUACAUUUAUUUAAAAUGCUAUCCAUUUCGUCAUCAAAGAAGAAAAUAUAGAAAAGAAAUUCACACUUUAUUAAGAUCAAGUAGUCCUUUUUAAUGCCCUGAAAUAUAGCGAUAUGCCCAACGAAACAUUCCUGGCUAUGUCACUGCCCUUUAUUUAUUAUAAAACUAGCUACGAUAAAUAUCAAAACAUAAAACCAUAAUGUUCCAAACAUAAAUAAAAAUAAGAAAUAGAAUAAAAUAAACUUCUUUUAAAUUUCAAAUGAUAUUUUACCAUAAAUUGUCACAUCAGUAAACACGAAAAGUGUUGAUGAAUAAUAAGCUGAUUUGCAUUUCUAAAGAAAAUUAGGAAUACAUUUUUAUUAUUUAGAAUUGAAGUAAGUUUUUAGUAAUUUUUUCAACUUCCGUAUCGGAGGAAUGACCAAUUAAAAUUCCUGGAUGGCCAAAACUGCUUUUAUCUACUAAAAUGCUUCUAUGGCUUGGACAGUCCAUAUCUACAAACAUUAUCCGAUCUCUACACGUUUAUUUUCAUUUACUGGAUUCAUUAUGACACGUUGCGCAAUUCCCUUUAAUUAAACGUAGCCAAUAGCAAUUAGGUUUCUUACUCUCGAUUUAGUUGGAUUCGAUUAAUUGUUUAAUAAAUAAUAACCACGGACGAAAACGUGUUCACAUACAUAUUUCUUUAUACUGUUUUAUGUACAACUUUUCGACCUCGGGACGAAGUCGUUACAUUGACUAGAUCGAUCCUCGAGAUUAGGAACGUGUUAUAAAAUGAACUUUGACCUAAGUAUUCAUGUUUUCGAAUGGUAGUCAGUAUUAGGCAGAUUAAAUUUAAUUAGCAAUAAUUUAUAAUUGCUUAUAAGUCAGCAGGAUUUGAUUUAUUUUAUUUGGAAUCAUUUGACUCUCUAUAUUUAUUAAUAAAUUUAAUUUUAGUUCCUUUUGCACAAUUAUCAUGAUUUAUACAUUGCUUAUAUAGUUUCUGGCAAUAUUACGAAAACCAAAGAUUUUAAAUUGAAUACAAAUAUUUUCAAUUUUGACGCAUUAAAAUUUUUUAACUUUUACUUUGGCUGUCUUAAUUAAGAUCAGAAUUAUGAAAUUCCAAUUUGCGUACGCUUUAAGUUUAAACCAACACGUCUUUAUAAUUUUAAUUUUUUUAAUGUAAUGCAAACUCAUUUGAAGGUCUUAUAAUUAUAAGUCGAAUUUUUCUGUGUUUUUUGUGAAAUUACGUCACCCUCAUUUACUCAACUACUUUUUGUACAGGAAACAGGAUAUUAAUAUUAUUAAUAAUACUGUAAAACUAGAGCAAUAUAGACUCAAUUAAAUAAGCUUAAGAAAUGGAGUACAUUAUUAUAAUUAAUUAUC